AAGUUGUAAGUCCCUAACGAAGGUUAAGAUUGCUACAAGGUCAUGUCGACAAACCCAACCAUGAAUAUUCGAAACACAUUGGUAUAAAUGUACAAGCCUGCUCCUCCUAGACCCAAGAAGACAGACAUUGUCCGGUCGCGCAAUGGUUGUAAAAAUUGCCGUGAAAGAAGAACAAAGUGCGAUGAGCAAAAGCCAACAUGUGGGACAUGUGCAAGACUGGGAAAAGUCUGUGAAAGCGUUCAACAAGAGUUCAAAUUUCGCGUGGUGACGAGGCCGGCUUCUACGCGUGCUGCAUUCGAUACGUCAGAGCCCAACGAGCAAUCUUCUUCUUCUUCUUCUUCUUCUUCUUCAUCAUCUUCUCAAAAGAUAACCUCCAACCAGAUCGGCUCUGAUAGCCUUUCUUUGGGAAACAUUGAUCUCAUCAAGUCACUGCAACAUUCUGAAAGGGAUGUUUUCUACACCACAUAUUGGGAAGAUAAUUGCCUCCCGGCAUUGAACCCGGUGUUUCACUCUGCCUCGCACCUUGCUGGUACUCAUCCAAUUUUAAACAAUGCAAUUUUAGCAUUGUCAUCCUGCAACCUUAGUCGUCUACAUGCGGAACGGAGAUUGUCUUCGACUAGUCACAUGGGAUCCUUCAGUCCAAGCCUCAUCCAUCAAACGAGAAGUCAAUUGUACUAUUCGUCGGCCAUCAGGAAAUUUACUUCACUGGAUCAGCGUGACUAUCGACACGAUGCUACAAUAGUCCUGACGGUUCUCAUCCUAUUUGCGUAUGUCGAGUCCUCAAUGGGCAACUUUCAAGGAUUCUAUUGCCAUGUGGAGGGUCUGUCGAACUUUCUUUCGGAGGUUUGUGAGGCGGUAGGACACCCGGAUAUCAAGGCUCUCCUUACAGCAUGGAUGCAGACGCGAUUUGUCGUCUGGUGGGCACGUGCCUACUUCAGCUCACUCGAUAUCCAUCAGCAGCUGCCUUCGAUUCCGCUGCCAGGAGUGCUCAAGGGGAGCGUUAACUCCAUUCACGAGCGACGUGUUACGGUAUUGAGUAUCCUAUGUGAAUCUCAUCGGCUCAACUCCCAGGCCGUACUCGGGCAUUGGAGCUCCAACCCAAUCUCGACAGAAACAGAAUGCAAAGGGCACCAUGAGAUGGGCAAGACUGAUGUCGAAACAUGUUUUCCGUUGCUGGCUGAAGAAGCCAAAAGGUUGGACGAGUGGCUAUUGCAUCUCCCACCAUCAGAACAACCACUCAAGGAUCGCGACGACGAUGUACCGAUAGAGCACCGUCGCUGGGACAUGGACGACCUCAAUUCCCCCAUCUACUUCCAAUCACACGAUGCAGCACUCAAUUUUGCAUACCAUGUAGUGGCGCGCAUCAUGCAAUGUACUGGACUUUUACAGAGACUUCAGACUCGAGACACUAAUUGCCUCGGAUCUGGUUACGAAUGCUACGAAGCGGAGCCGUGGGUCCAAUUAUUACUCCGAAUUGCAAAGGGCGUCAAUAUGUGGGCAUGCCUCACGAGAAACAACUAUACGAUUGGAUUUUCGGGCCUGCUCUUAACUGCACUGUUACGAUGCCAGGACUUGUCUCUUGCCAUUGAGAUCCAAACCUGGCUACAGGCUCUAGAGGACUUGCAGCCGACAGAAGAAGGCGCGUUUCCGGUUUACCAAACUUUGGGUGUGGUCAAAGCCAUCAAUCGACAGAAGAUGAUGGGCCGUGAUGUGUUUGGUGUAACUCAGCCGGUGGACGACGGGGGCGGAACACCAAAGUUUACCGCUUACAAUAGUCAGUCGAUUAACACACUCUUGUUUCAUGGCAAAUUGCGCGCCUCGCCGGAUCUCUUUGCAGAAUAUGUAUCGAUUGACAUGUAGUAUAAUGUCUAUCGGGGAACCCUACCCUUGGGUUUUUUCUUCCCUUGGAUCUUUUCACUUGUACAUUGCAGAUCAUAUUAACAGAGUCGUACUUGCAUUUCUUUGACGGCUUUCUGUUUAUUAUUUUUAAUCAUAUAUCAGAUAGAUAGACAUAUCAACUACACCAGGCAUUUUGUUUUACAUGAUCACUCAACGGCAGGGCGUCGGUCCCACGCGCCAGACCGGGUAUAGUGUCUAGCAUUUCAGGUCCCUGAGUUUAACGAGCAUGGCAGUGGAGACUCGCUAUUGGUAAAUUCCUUCUACCCUUGUCCUCAAAUGGCG